AUGACACAAGUCCGGAGGUGUUGCACGCUGAUUCCUGGCUUCAUAAUCCAGAAUUCCCUCUUAAACUUGACGGUGAGGGGCUACAAGGAGGACACUCUCCUUUUCACCAACACCACCACCCUCUGCUUCGACCUCAGGAAUGUCUCCUCCUUCAUCCAAACCGACAGAUCAUAUUAUGAACCCGGGGACACCGUCAAAGUCAGAAUUGUCGUCAUUCAGUUGGAUUACCGCCCAUACAAAGGCAGAGUGGAUAUCUCUGUAUGGGAUCCCAGUGGGAAUGCCGUUGACAGGUGGGAGUCCACAGGGAAUCCGGGGAUUGUGUUGCAGGAAUUUACUUUAUCCCAGAUGUCUCCUCUUGGACAGUGGACGCUCACAACCACAGUGAAUGGCGUGACUGAUGAGAAAGCAUUCAUAGUGGAGCAUCAUGAGCAUCCUCAUUUUGAAGUGUUGGUCAAGAUGCCUCCACAGAUCCUGGUUGGAGAUGACAUCACGGGAUCAGUGAGAGCGCUCUACCCCAGUGGACAACCUGUACAUGGAACGUUAAUUGUUUCAGUUCUUCUGGAUGAUGCCUCUCCAUUCCUACUAACGCAAACAAAAGAGAUUCAUGGGUCAGCACAGUUUGUUUUCAGUGAAGGUCAGCUUCAGGCUCUACACACGUCAUCAGCAUUUAGCAGCAAUGACCACAUCACUGUACACAUUGCUGCCUGUGUAAAUGACAGCUCCACAGGAAUUAAAGUGAACAAAACAGUUAAAGUCCACCUGAUGAAGAACAUGUUCCAGCUUAUGUUCCACGAUUUUCCACCCACACUAAAGCCAGGUUUACACUUCUUCACAAACCUUAGGAUCUCAAGAUAUGACAGAAUGCCACUCAGCACAUCAGACCGAAUACACUUUGCUGUGGUUGAAGUCACUCAGAGAACUUCCAUGAUGAAUGCAGAAACCACGACUCUGACUCUUCCUGUGCCCGAGGAUGGAAACGUCCACAUUAAGUUUAAAUUACAGGAUCAAGUAGUGAUGCUUUUUAUUCAGGCCACAUUCCAGUCGAGUGAGGAGACUUUGAAGGUUUAUACCAACUACUCCUCUCCUCGUGGAUCAUAUAUUCAGAUCUCGCCAAUCAGCACCUUAUCUGCACAGUUUCAGAUCGGAUUGCCUUUUGGGCUAAAUGUAGAGAGCACCUUUCAACCAACGGAGCUUCACUUUGUGGUGAGCUCUCAAGGUCAAGUGGUGUCUGCCGGAACAUCCAACUCCCUCUCGUUCUCUGUGACACCAGCGCUGUCCUGGUCCCCUGAGGCCUGUGUCACUGUCUACUGCAUCCUUUCUGACGGAGAGGUCGCCACUGACACAGCACGCAUACCCAUCAAUCAACACAACCAGGUAUCUCUAAACUGGAGCAGUGACCGGACCCAGCCAGGUGAGGAGGUAUCGCUAACUGUGACUACUCUUGAACCCAUGUCCCGGGUAGGAAUCGUAGUACUGGGAAACGGACACGAUGAUGCUGUGGAGUUUGAGAUGGACGUCAAAACUGAACAGGAAUGUAAUCUCAGGAUGCUGACUAAUGCAAGACUGUACAAGAAAAAGCAGCCUGAUGGAGAUAAAAAUGGGUUUUCAGAAGGAGAUGUCCCGAUGAUACAGAAGUACUGGAGACACUUGAUGAACAUCACUGAAUCCUUCCUGUGGUUAGACACUGCUGUAAGUGAGCAAACAUGGACAAGUGAGAAAAUAACAGUGCCUGAUGAUGUUACAUCUUUGAGAGCGUAUGCGCUGGUGAUGUCAGAGAACCUGGGUUUGGGUUUCACUCUUGAACCCCAAAAGCUGACUGUAUCCAAAGUUUUCUCCUUGUUUCUGGAUGUCCCACCAUACCUCAUCAUAGGAGAGGAGAUUGUCCUGAAAGUGAACAUCAUCAACCAUUUAGGGCAGGACAUAGAGGUCAUCGUGCUGCUAGCACAGAGCGAAGCCUUUGAGUUUGUUUUGACAGACCGAAAGGGUGCGUCUGUUAUAAAUGCACAAAAACUCACCUUGGGGAGUCAUGUGUCUGCUUCAGCACUGUUCCCUAUAAAGCCUUUAGCUCCGGGCGAGAUGGAAAUAUCUGUGGACGCUGUAUCUGCCGACGGAUCAGACAGCCUGACUCGGAGAGUGAUGGUGAAGCCUGGAGGAAUUAAACAGACCUUCUCGCAGACUCUGUUCUUGGAGCUGAAAUCAGACAAGAACAGCGGUUCCAGAUCCGUCUCCUUCUCCUAUCCAGCAGAUGUGGUUCCGGGCAGCCAGAGGGCCUCUGUGGUGUUGGUUGGUGAUAUCUUGGCUUUGUCCAUGAACAACUUGGAUUCGCUGGUUCAGAUGCCUAUUGGAUCUGGGGAACAGAACAUGAUCCACUUCACUCCAGGUGUUUAUGUUCUCCAGUACCUGGACAAGUCAACCCAGGAUAACGCAGAGAUCAGGAGCAGGGCUCUGAGCUACAUGAUGGACGGAUAUAAGAGACAGCUGUCCUACCAACGAGAUGAUGGUUCAUUCAGUGCUUUUGGAACUAGUGACGCUGCUGGCAGCACAUGGCUGACAGCUUUUGUGCUGCGCUCCUUCCUCCAGGCUCAGUCCUACAUCCAGGUAGACCAGAGCGUUCUGUCCAGAGCCAUGACUUGGCUCUUCAAGCACCAGGGGCCUCAGGGGGAGUUCAGGGAAGUGGGCAGGUUGAUCCACACAGAGAUGCAGGGAGGGCUGGAUAAUGGCCCGGUGGCGCUCACUGCUUAUGUACUGGUGGCAGUUCUGGAAAACAAGGCCUAUGCGGAGAUGUACCGAGACAAUGUGUCUCUGGGCCAGAAGUACCUGGAGAACCAAGUGUCCAGCGGUGUUGUCAGUAACUACAGCCUAAGCCUGGUGGCUUAUGCUUUAGCUCUGAGAGGCAGUACAGUAGCUUUCACUGCCCUCACUGAGCUCAACAGGAGAGCUGAUGACAGAGAUGGUGUCAGGAUGUGGAGGUCCUCUGCUGGCCUGAGGUCUCGUGACUGGCAGCCCCGAUCAGUGCAGAUUGAGAUGACCUCCUAUGUGCUGCUGGCUCUAUUUAAACAGGGCAGCUUUAUUGAGGGCAUCAAGCUUAUGAAGUGGUUAAGCAUGCAGAGGAACCAUCUGGGAGGCUAUGGGACGACGCAGGACACCAUCGUGGCCCUCCAGGCUCUGGCUUGCUAUGCUGCGUUCAGCGGUGCCAACGCCAUAGACCUCAGGUUUAAUAUAUCUACCCCAACAUCUUCCUCACUGUUUCGAAUCAACUCAACCAACUAUCAAGCAUAUCAAAGCCAAGAGAUUAAUGCUGAAAAAGAUCCACAUCUAAAUAUAUACAUGGAAGGAAGAGGAUUUGCUUUACUUCAGCUGAAUGUGUUUUAUCACCUGAAGAGCAGAGCGUUUUCACAAAACCUCCAGCAAGCCAGAGACGAGGAAGCAUUCUCAUUAGAUGUUCACGUUCUGGAUGGCAGUGACCACAAUCACAUGAUGUUGUCUAUAUGCAUAAGAUUAAAGGACAAUCAGGUGAUACCUCAUACAGGUAUGGCUAUAUUGGAUGUGGGCAUGCUCAGUGGUUUCACUCUCUCCCCUGGAGCUGCUGUCCUGGGAAAUCUUAUCAGGAAGGUGGAGGAAUCUCCUGAGAAAGUCAGCCUGUAUCUGGAUUCAAUUAAUAAGUCACAGGUUUGCAUCAUACUUCCUCUUCUGACAAAUUACAAAGUGGCCCAAUUACAGGAUGCUGUGGUGCAGGUUUACGACUACUAUGAACCAAGCAGAAAAGCAACAACUACAUACAAUCCGCGUUUUCUUCACAAGGUGGACUCCUGCUUCUUCUGUGGUGCCAACUGUGCUGACUGUAGGCCAGGAAUCACCAUCAUCAUGUCCUCAGCAAAUUUCUCUACUAGUAGCAGCAUCUGCAGCCUAAGGUGUCUAUUUUUGGGACUCCUGUCUUUCCUUGUUGUAGUUUGAUUAGAUGGAGUUUAAAACAGUACACAUAUAUUGAGAGAAAUAGCUUUAGCGUGUAAACACAUUGAUAUGCUCUGGAUCCGUGUUUCUUUUAUACAAAACUUAAUAUUUCUUGACAGAUGACUGUAAUAUUUAGGGGACUGUUCACACAACACUCUGUUGCUCAGGGCACAGUGGAGCCCUCUACUGUUUACAAUGUGUUUUGUAUAUUUUUUUUGAAAAGAGGAGAGUCAGAAAUGAUUGUCCUUCGAAACUUUGUACCUGUUCAUUUAUGUAACCAGCCUAAUUUUUUCAUUUGAUACAUUAUAAAACAAAUAAAUAAGGAUUUGUACUUACUUCUUAA